AUGACGAAUCUUAUAUCGGCUUUCUUUUCCUCGCCGGUGCUCGUCUUUACGGCGGCAUUCCUCUUGCGGGCCGUACUACUCGUCUACGGGCUGUGGCAGGACGCCAAUUCGCCCUUGAAGUACACUGAUAUUGACUAUCUGGUCUUUACGGACGCGGCGCGGCUGACCUUUGCGCCGCCGUCCCUGUCCUCUUCGGCCUCGUCGCCCUACGCCCGGGAGACGUACCGGUACACGCCCGUGCUGGCCUGGCUACUGUACCCGACGACGCUCCCGGGCGCCUUGUUCUUCUCGUCGGGCAAGAUCCUGUUCGCCGCGGCGGAUCUGGCGGCGGGCUGGCUGCUGGUGCGGGUGCUGCGGCGGCACGCCGGCCUGGCAACGGGAGCCGCCCUGCGCUACGCCUCCAUCUGGCUGCUCAACCCCAUGGUGGCGACCAUUUCGACGCGCGGAAGUUCCGAGGGUCUGCUGGGCGUGCUGGUCGCCGCCCUGCUGUGUGCCGUGCUCGAACGCCGUGUCACCUUGGCCGCGCUGCUGCUCGGUCUCGGCGUGCACUUCAAGAUUUACCCCUUCAUAUACGCGCCGGCUAUCGUGUGGUGGAUGGACGCCGAACGGGUGCCGUCGUCGAGUGCUCCUUCUUCGGCGGCGUCAUUCAUCAGCCGUUUCAUCACGCCCGCCCGUCUCCGCCUCGCCCUCAUCAGCUUGGCCACGUUUGCUGCUCUGAACCUCUGGAUGUACGCCCUCUACGGGCAAGACUUUCUCCAGCACACAUUCCUACACCACGUGACACGUAUCGACCAUCGACACAACUUUAGUCCGUAUAACAUCUUGCUCUACCUCGCAUCAGCGCAGCCGCACUUGGUGGGCGGGCCGAGUGCCGCGACGACGACCUCGGUGGAUUUCCUUGGGCUCAAGAUUGAGAGUGUGGCCUUUCUGCCUCAGCUCCUGCUCAGCUGUGUGCUCAUCCCCCUCGUUGGUGCCAAGAAAGACCUGCCGACCACGAUGCUGGCGCAGACAUUUGCCUUUGUGACUUUCAACAAGGUGUGCACAAGUCAGUAUUUUCUCUGGUACAUGAUUUUUCUACCGCUUUACCUGCCCAACUCCUCACUCAUCCAACGACCCGCCUUCGGUAUCACGGCUCUUGCGCUAUGGAUCGUGACACAGGGACUCUGGUUACAGCAGGGCUACAAUUUAGAGUUUCUUGGUCAGUCCACAUUUGUUCCUGGUCUUUUCAAUGCAUCUCUGGGCUUCUUUUUGGUCAACUGUUGGAUAUUAGGUAUCAUUAUUGGAGAUCUGGAUCGACCGAGGCCGGUUGCAGAAUCAAGUAGCACAGAUGGCUCCAAAUAG